CUAUGGAACAUUUUUGGAGCAUCUCAAUCGUAAGGUACUUUGCAAGGAUACUACCGAUCAUGAGUCAUCAAUUGAUUGGACUACACCACCAUUACGGGCAAGCAUUAUUACAAAACUAGCAGCAAUUGGACUGGUGUGAUCACAGCCACUGCAAAACGUUGAUAUCAACAUUAUCAUUGCAAAGACAGAAAAAUGGGAAAAAGAGAUGGCAAUUUUAAACAAGCAGGCUUUUGAUCCCACCGGGGGGUUGAAUGAAAUAAAAGUAUAUAUUGCUUAUCUAGAACAGUAUAAGAAGUUGUCUAAAGACAAAGGAAUUGGAUACUAUGACAGAUAUAAGCUUGAAAACCAUAUUGGAAUGACUAUGACUGAUAUCGAUCCGUUAAAGUUUAAAAAAUUCCUCGCAUGUUAUUGGGAAGAAAUGGUUGAUCAAGUAGAGAAAAGGCCCCAGAUAGUAGGCCACUCCCUUCGUACCUGUUCACUCUUCGAGGCAACAAAUUAUCGAAGGAUGAUUGAGCCACUAGACAUAGCUGAAUACUACAACAAGGGCCUAAAAGACUACUUAAAUAAAGGAAGAUCAAAACAAUACAUACAAUUGGAGCAGUGGCUGAAAGAAAUUGAGAAGCCUUCAAGUGUUCCAAAUGAAUUGAAGAAACAGAAUGUGGCGUCAAGUCUGACAGAGGAUUCUUGCUUUUGGGCACAUGUUGAGGAGGCUCUCAUUUCAUGCAAAUUGCUGAGUAGCGGAGAAUCAAGUGAUGAGGAGAAAGACUUUGCAAAGAAAGAACUAAUUGAGUUUGAAAAGUAUGUAUUUGAUUUGAUGAAAAAUUGUGCAGUAUCUUCCAAGAUUUUCUUACCUGGGAGCAGCUUCAUGAAAUGGUGGGGAGAGUAUAGAGAUAUUACGGGAGCUUAUUAUAGCUCUAGUCUCACUAACUUAUUGAAGAAUGACAACAAUUAUGAGGCAUAUGCUAAUGGCUCCCUAGAGUUUCCUUUAAAUUUUGUAUGACAGAGAUUUGCAUAUUUCAAUAUCUACGUGUGCACUUCCCUUCAAACAUGUGUGGUAUUUCGAAGUCAUUACCCAAUAAAUUGUAAAUUAGGGACAUCAUCUUUUCAACUUUUUAAAUUUUUGU